UCACUGCUGUUUUGUGUGUUGGGGGGAUGGGGCCGAGCAGAGGAUGAGAGUCUCCACACAUUUACCACUUCGCUAACUAAAUAUCUUUCUUUCCGAGCCGGCUUUCCUCCAUCCGCUCCGUGUACAUCAACACCCCUUCGACCACGCAUGAGUUUCGGUGGGAUUCGGCCAAAAUAAAGUGGAGUAUCCGCACGUCCACGACUCACGCUCGGAAAAAGUCGACAAAAUGUAUUCCUCUCCCGGAGCUACCGAGAUGACCGAGGCCCCCCGUUCCUCCGGGUCAUUAAGCUCCGAGCCCCCAUCUUCACCGGUGCCAGAAUAUGUGUUCAAGCCACCAUCACGGCCCGACUUUGGCACCAUGGGCAGGACAAUCAAGCUCCAGGCCAACUUCUUUGAGAUGGAAAUCCCCAAACUGGAGGUCUACCAUUAUGACAUCGACAUCAAGCCCGAGAAAUGCCCCAGGAGGGUCAAUCGUGAAAUUGUGGAGCACAUGGUCCAGCACUUUAAAACACAGAUCUUUGGUGAUCGAAAGCCAGUGUAUGAUGGGAGGAAGAAUCUCUACACAGCGAUGCCCUUACCCAUAGGCAGAGACAAAGUCGAGCUCGAAGUGACCAUUCCUGGUGAGGGCAAGGACCGCAGCUUCAAAGUAUCCAUCAAGUGGAUGUCCUGCGUUAGUCUGCAAGCUCUGCACGAGGCACUGGCAGGGCGGCUUCCCAGCGUCCCUUUUGAGACCAUUCAAGCCUUGGAUGUGGUCAUGAGGCAUUUGCCCUCAAUGAGGUAUACCCCAGUGGGCCGUUCUUUCUUCACCCCAUCAGAGGGAUGUUCGAACCCCCUCGGUGGUGGCCGAGAGGUGUGGUUUGGUUUCCAUCAGUCUGUCAGGCCUUCCCUCUGGAAAAUGAUGCUCAACAUUGAUGUUUCGGCCACUGCAUUCUACAAAGCCCAGCCUGUAAUUGAGUUCAUGUGUGAGGUCUUGGAUUUCAAAAGCAUUGAAGAACAACAGAAGCCCUUAACGGACUCUCAACGAGUCAAAUUUACAAAGGAAAUCAAAGGAUCAACGGACAGUGGGGGAAUUUCCAACUCUCGUCUCCUCUGUCCAGGUCUGAAGGUGGAGAUCACUCACUGUGGGCAGAUGAAGAGGAAGUACAGAGUGUGCAACGUGACCAGAAGACCUGCCAGCCACCAAACGUUCCCUCUGCAGCAAGAGAACGGCCAAACUAUUGAAUGCACAGUAGCACAGUACUUCAAAGAUAAGUACAAGCUCAUCUUGCGAUACCCCCACCUCCCAUGUCUACAGGUGGGACAGGAGCAGAAGCACACCUACCUACCUCUAGAGGUGUGUAACAUAGUGGCAGGACAGCGCUGCAUAAAAAAACUGACAGACAAUCAAACAUCCACUAUGAUCCGCGCCACAGCCCGAUCUGCACCGGACCGUCAGGACGAGAUUAGUAAACUGAUGAGAAGUGCCAAUUUCAACACCGACCCUUACGUUCGCGAGUUCGGAGUGAUGGUGAGAGACGAGAUGACCGAAGUGAACGGCCGCGUCCUGCAGGCCCCCUCUAUUCUGUAUGGAGGCAGGAACAAAGCAAUAGCCACACCUAUCCAGGGAGUAUGGGACAUGAGGAACAAGCAGUUCCACACUGGCAUCGAGAUCAAAGUGUGGGCCAUCGCCUGCUUCGCACCACAGAGACAAUGUACUGAACUCCUGCUCAAAGCCUUCACAGAUCAGCUGAGGAAGAUCUCCAGGGAUGCAGGGAUGCCCAUCCAGGGUCAGCCUUGCUUCUGUAAGUACGCCCAGGGAGCGGACAGCGUGGAGCCCAUGUUCAGGCACCUCAAGUACACCUACCAGGGCCUCCAGCUGGUCGUGGUUAUCCUGCCAGGGAAGACGCCUGUCUAUGCUGAAGUGAAACGUGUCGGGGACACGGUACUCGGCAUGGCCACGCAGUGUGUGCAGGUGAAGAAUGUUCAGAAGACAACACCUCAGACUCUCUCCAACCUCUGUCUGAAGAUCAAUGUGAAGCUGGGUGGCGUCAAUAACAUCCUGCUCCCACAGGGCAGGCCGUUGGUGUUCCAGCAGCCAGUAAUCUUCCUCGGUGCAGAUGUGACUCAUCCGCCUGCGGGAGAUGGAAAAAAGCCUUCAAUCGCUGCCGUUGUUGGUAGUAUGGAUGCUCACCCGAGCAGAUACUGUGCCACUGUCCGGGUGCAGCAGCACCGACAGGACAUCAUCCAGGACUUGGCCACCAUGGUGAGGGAGCUUCUCAUUCAGUUCUACAAGUCCACCCGCUUCAAGCCCACCAGGAUCAUCUACUACCGCGAUGGCAUUUCUGAGGGCCAAUUUAACCAGGUGGCGUGCACAGUUCUUCAGCAUGAACUGCUGGCAAUCCGUGAGGCCUGCAUCAAACUAGAAAAGGACUACCAGCCCGGCAUCACCUUUGUUGUUGUGCAAAAGAGACACCACACAAGACUGUUCUGUAUGGACAGAAAUGAGAGGGUUGGGAAGAGCGGCAACAUCCCUGCAGGCACAACGGUGGAUACGAAAAUUACUCACCCAUCCGAGUUUGACUUCUACCUUUGCAGUCACGCUGGAAUUCAGGGCACCAGCCGGCCGUCUCACUACCACGUGCUCUGGGACGACAACCACUUCACUGCAGAUGAACUGCAGGUUCUCACCUACCAGCUUUGCCACACUUACGUGCGCUGCACCCGGUCCGUUUCCAUCCCAGCACCAGCCUACUACGCCCAUUUGGUGGCUUUCAGGGCUCGCUAUCACCUGGUGGACAAAGAGCACGACAGUGCUGAAGGAAGUCAUACCUCAGGCCAGAGCAAUGGGCGCGACCAGCAAGCCUUGGCUAAGGCCGUUCAGAUCCACCAGGACACGCUGCGCACCAUGUACUUUGCCUGAGAGCACACAACCCCCGGGUGGCGUGGGUGAGACUGAUGGAACACACUACCAUAAUCCCCCUGCUGUCUCGCUGUCGGCUCUAGAUAACAUCACAGUGGUUUUACAUCGUGAUCUUCCUACUUAACAAACCUGUCAGCUGCCCAUACACAUCUACAAUUGUACUUGAGCCCCUAGCCCACCCAAACCAAGCCAGCUAUUAGAUUACGAGGCAAAAGAAUCCCUCUUCCACGGGGGUUGAGUCAGAGGAGGUUCAUGUUACAUGUCGUGACAUGUUGUGCAUUCGUGUGUUUGUACUUGUUGUAGGGGAAUAUGUUGCAAAGCCUGAGAGGAAGAGGAAAAGUUUUUACACUGAUGGGUGGAAUCUACCAUUUCUAAACAAGUGGGAACUAACAUUUUACAUGGGGGAGGUUUCUAAUUAAGCUGUUCACCCUCCUCCUGUCUUUUAUUGUUUGUCAUGGUCUUGGUGCUCGAAGGGCGAAGGAGGCGUCAAAAAGACGAGGGGUCCCGUUCACUGUUUAUAUGCCUGAUGUUUCGCUCCUCUGACAAACAUUAUUUAUCAGCCAAUCAAAGCAAAGUGCACUGACCAGAGUGGGUACUUAACCUGGACAAAAGUACUUAAUAUAUUGAGGAUGUGUGUGAUUUUUCACAUAGGACACUAUGUGAUGAAAAGUGCCAUUUAAGACCACCUUUCUAUCGUCAUUUCUAUGUAAAAUACUAUUGAUAUAAUUGUCCCACAUCUGCUGGGUUUUCAGUAUUUGUCCUUGAUUGACCUUGACGACCAUUUCACGCCAAAUCUGGUGACAACUAACGGAUUCCUUGAGUCAGAUUUGUUUUCAAACCUCGAACCAACAGUUCAUUCUAGAUGGGGUGGCUUUUAGUGUUCAGAUUUAAAGUGCAGCAAUUUUAUCCUCCGGAACUGACAGAGUUGCACCAGUAAUUCCCAUAGGAGAACUAGUGUAUUGGGACUGGAUCCCAGCAAGGACUCCUUUCUAAUGUACUCUGAGCCAUGUUGAUAUAACCACACACACACGAUGUAGAAAUCAACAUAGAAGGGAUCUUGAUGAAAUCAGUUUUCCUUCCUUCCGUUUUUACAGUCUAUUUUAAUUUCAAUCAUUUUAUUUUGUAAUGAUGUAAUCUGCAUGUAGCUGACUCAUCUUUUUAGACAUAUAGGCAUUCGUGACAAUUGUUCCUUUCUCCCACUUGUACACAUGAACCCUUCUUCGGCAGAACAAGCGUUUUCUGCGGUGUCUUUGUCAGAGCAACGUUUGCGUGGCGUAUCGAUAUCCGGGCGUACGGUACAGUGGAGUGAAAGCUGAGUUUAACCGAUUGAAAUUUCCUUUAAAAAAAACAACCUCUUGAAUUAUAGUGUUUGCUCCGGGAAACGGGAGCAGUCGUCGCACAAAAGCUUGGGUUUUAUGCAAAUGACUUUUUGUGAGUCUUUAUACUAUAUAUAGUAAUGUUGGUAAUAAGGUAUAUUUUGAAUAAGCUUUCAGUGAAGGCUGCUGAAAAUACUAUAAAGAUUUUUGUUAAGGUGACUGGCCCACAUGUAGUCUAAAUUAACACUGUCUAUUUGUAUACAGAUUUUAAAUGCAAAUAUCCUCUUGCCUUUUGGAGACUGUUACAGUCUUGUUAACAAUUCUAGACAUUUCCUAAAACCCCACCUAAGUUUUACUACUAAGUUAAGCUGGCGAAUGUUCACAAAGCCCUGAUCAGAGGCAAGUAGUCUAUUUUCUAACUAUGCAUCAUUUUUAACCAAGAGAUUUAACAGUGGGUUAUCUCACUGGAAUUUAGGUCAUUUAUAGAGGUAGAUAAUCAGGGCCUUUCUUUUGUUAUCGUAGUUUUUUUAGCAUGUCGCAUUUAGUAGCGUUUCUUAGUGCUUAUCAGCAUCUUCAUGCCUUUCUAACGGGAUGAAGUAUUUAUGUGGUUGUUUGUAACAUUGUAGAUUUUAUAACCUUUAAAAAGAAAAAAAAUGUGGGUGUAUCCUUUGUAACACGCGAUCUUUCUUAGCCAAACAAGAUUACAAACUUUUACAUGAUUUAAUAAUCGAAAAAAAAAAGACAUGGAAGCACAACAAGACAUGUUGACCUCUGGGUGCUAGAAGUUUUCACUGUAAACCACCUUUUAAAAUCCUCACUGGAUUUGGUCCACAGAGCUUUUUUCUUCGUACGCUAAAGGAAGCUUCAUCAUUUCGAGGGUCUUCUCUUCUCUCUCAAAUUGACGACCUCUCCCUCUGAACUCAUCACCCGCGAAAGCAACUAGAGAAGCCGACUGACUGUGUUUGUGGGGCAUUCUAAAAGAGAAAAAGAAAAAUCACCUACUUGAUAUUUACUGUUAUGAUGUCAAUAUUGUUCUUAUGGGUGCUGGUCUCACAACAUGUAGAUUCGGAUGCACUUUUGAUAGCAGAACGUUGGUAUGGCUUCUAUAGAUGUGGGUCCUCGAUCCAAGCAGGAGACUCGGCCAUACCGUGUGACACUGGCGUAAUUGUAUGGAAAUGGCCGUGUGUUCUACCUCUUGUUACCUGUUUUAAGUGUUAUGGUAACAUCACAACACUGGCCAUUUCUGUAUAAUUACCCCUGCUAUCUCUCUACUUGGCAUUGUUUGAGUCUUGCAUUUACAGUAGAGGUUCAGAAGGCUUGGCGUGCGUGACGUCCAGCGUGCUUUUCUUAGUUUGUCCUUGUGAUUUUUAGUAGUUUUACUCAAACUGAUAAGAGAGAAUGUCUUUUUUCUUUCCUUUCUAGUGGUUUUGAGCGUCUAGCUGCACGACCAAAUCCUUGAAGUGUGUUUUGUAUUCACACACAGCUUUUCCCUGCAUUUGUUCCUUUAAUUCUAUGCACCAAGGAAAAGACGGACAUUUGCACGACACAUGCGUUUUUUUUCCCACUAGAGAAGUGUGACAGCGAGUGCAGAGCUCCCACCGGGUGUGGUCACUGCGGUCGUAGACAAAUUGACGAACGGCACCACUCGGGUUCAUUUACAGACUGUUAACUAAAAUAGUUUGAGAGCUCAAAAGAAAUGAGAAAACAGCUGAGAAAUUCCUGUUAAUAGAUGUUUGUAGCGCAGCGAGGUCAAUCUGAUCAGGUCAAAUUCCCCACAGAACAUUUACUAAUUUGCACAUUAACCUAAUUAAAGUACAGUUAAGUACAAAGCUCUGCAUUCUGUAACGUGAAUGUCCUCUUCUCUGUGUGAAUGCCGGCCUUUACGAUGCUCCCCCGAACAUCCACGUGAGUUGAUGUACUUGAAUGUUCAGUCUCUCUAAGGGAUGCCUGGGUGUUAGAGUUCAAGUUGCCGUUGGUCGUCCUCAAGAAGAUGCCCGAGUGACAUGUUGACCACAAUAAUAACGGGUGUCCCCCAAACAUUUUUUUCGCUAAUUCCAAACAUCAAGAUGUCAUUUAGGAGACGUGUUUACUUGUCAUUGCUUCUUCUGUUUGUUUGUUGUUUUUGUGGGUUUUUCUAGUUACCGAUACCAGCACCUUAAAAUACCAGAUGACAAUGGCAUUGCUUCUUCUUUUUUUUUCUGGAGAUAAAACUCAAAACAUUUGACAAAUGUUGUUUUUGCACUAAACAAGAAUGGACUUUGUACCUGUCGCAGCAUUAUGACUAUUAUCAGGUGGCGCAAUGGCAGACAUUAUUUUUCCCUCCUUUUUCUUUUGUUGGUCAGAAAGCAGCAGUUGGCGUUGGUGGCUUUUCAAAAUGGAAGAUGCACAGAGCCUCAAAUAUGUGCGCUCGUCUAGCCGACCAGCAUUUAGCAUGUAAUCUUAAAACAAACAAAAAAUCCUGAUGCCUUUUAAAUGUUAACGAGAGAGUGAAACUUUGUAGUCGCGUGGGAUGCAUACUGAUGUGGGUGAAAGGUGCUUCACGCAGAAACAAUCGUGACAGGAUGAGUUGAAAAUCACCAGUUGUGGAUGAUGCCGUUUGUCGGAGACGCGAUACCAAAGUGCUGUGCGAUGAGUAAAGUGCAGGAAGACGUCAGUGUGCAUAGGAAAGCAUACUGAAACCAGCCAUGUCGGACAUAUCGAUAUUCAGAAGAGGCUUUAUACCUUUUUCAUCAAUCUGCCUGAUCAUGAGCUAAAUGGAGAAUGUGUUUGAAGUAGGGAUGUCACGAUACCUAACAUCGUAGCUGUCGGUAGUGAUACCAUGACAUUUCCACGAUUUCCAGAUUGCUAAUUCGAUACCACUGCAACAGAACAAUAAAUAUCAUUGACCUCAUCAAAACACUCCUUUUAUUUAAUAUAUUUGAACAAGCAAAAAAACUGUGGUUAUGUAGCCUUCAAGUUAUAAAUAAAAAGAGAAGACUUAUAACAUUAUAAAGCAGAACACUGGCAUAUAGGAAAAUAACACGCCUAUAUACUCGAGUGUGCCUGCCCCGAUCACGAGGCAGCAGCCGCAACAUCCGGUUCUGUUAAAUAAAAAAGUACCGUGACACUUUAGGCAUCGACUUGAUACCGAAGUAUCGGUUCUCUUGACAUCCCUAGUUUGAAGAAACAAAUACACCAGCCUGGAUGAAUGUGGCACUGCUCCCUCAGUAAAACUGUGCCCACGGUGCUUAGGUGUCCAUAUUACCUGCAAUGGGAUCCAUCAUUGUUAGACAACACUUUUUCUUUAUCAGACACGUCAAUUGAAUGCACACCUCGACCUCAGUUCACCUGUUUUUCCGUUAUCUGGAGGGGACAGAACCAUUACAAAGCAGGUUCUACAAAUGACUGAUUUGUAAAUAACACAGUAUAUCGUAAGAUAUUUUCACAGAUGUUUGAAAUGUAGGGUUGAAACAGUGAUCAGCCUGUUAACUGACUGGCUUUUGAAUAGUUUUUGGAAUUGAAAAAUAGCUUGAAUUCAAAUGAUGCGACGACUUAGACACAAGUUUGUUCCGAACCCUUUCCCCUCGGUGUACUAACGUCUUUCCUCCGAACCCGUUUCCUGUAGAGAAACUAUCGCUGACAUAAAGAAACCUCUUGUAGAGUCAGACCUAUUUUCCUAGCUCCAAAUAAUAACUAUGAAUGUACCUAGAGCCCUGCGUGGUUUGUAAUAUUGUAUGGGCGAUCCAUCCAGUCAAUUUAUGGUCAUGUUUGCUUCCCGUGUACAACCUUUUCUUUUCUCUCUUCGUUUUAACUUAUAGGCUUUAACAGUUGCAGAAAGUAUUAUGUUUUCUUUAAUAUUUCAUUAAUUCGCAGCUCAUAUAAUAUAUCUUCUCACUGUGAGACCUAGAAGUCUGCAGUUGUCCUUGUCUGGGCGUCGGCUGCUGUAUCUUCUAGGAGGCGCAAGUUGUCUCGCUGGUGCAGAGGGGGGGGCAUCUUUCCCGUGCUUUAGUGGUGCUGUAACAUACGAGCCGUGUGCGUAUAUACGAUUGUUGCUUUCGUGUGGGAUCUUGUUUGCCGUUGAAUUUUUUUUGUCUUCUACUUCUUUCUGUCUGAGCGGAGCUAUCAUGUACAAAUCGUGUAAAAUCCUCCCACCGGAGUUUGAGUCACUAACUAAUUAGCGCAGUGCCACCUUGUUUAUUCUUUCCGUACUUUGGUUGAUUGUAUUAUUUCCCGUUUUUUUUAAUCCCACAUUUAACGACAGCUUUACGUGGCGGUCUGUUGGUUUCAGCCGAGCUUCUUCUCCCGUUCCUUUGCCUAGAUUAACCUUUUCAAAGCAUCACCUUGUCCAUGAGUGUGUAUCAUGCCAAUGUCCAUCCAGUUAGCCGCAGCCGUGUGACGCCAGUUUGGUAUCGAGGUUUGUCCGAUACUCUGUUGUUGUUGUGUUUUUUUUUUUUAGCUACAAGUCCGAAUUAUUAAGUAUAAAUUCAAAUGGGUUUCUAGCAGUCCUGAAGAAACGACCUCUCACGUCCACCACAUGCAGCUCCUUGAGCACACAGAGCUUGAGCCUCUUUGUCUUUUUAUUCUACCAGAGCCUUGAAACUCGUAUGCAGCUCAUUUCUGCUCAGUGUGAUGACAAAUAUACGCUGAAGCUGAAUUUUAAAUCACAUUUUAACAAGUUAAUACACAAUUACAUCCUUCAGACCCCUUCCACCUUUCGGCACCUGACAAAGAUGGUGGGCGCUCUUGAGUCAACUGAGCCGGGAUGUGACCAAGCUGCACGUGGUGGACAUCAGGGGUCUCGCUCGGGGCUGCAGUGAAUCUGACCUCAACCUUGAGAACUGCUACCAGGCUUCACCAAACCAAACCAAUGCCAUCCAGUUGAUUUACACGCAGCCAAUCAUGCAAGACUUACUGGCAACGCAUUUUUGUUUUGUUCCUUUCAAAGCAUUUCUUGUCCUCAGAAUGGCUUGGCUUUAUAUUUACCAACUUGGAAGAAAAAAAAAACUACCUCAGAGCAGUGUCAGGUGCUAGCUGAAUAUCCCCAAUUUUUAACCGCGGCAAUGAAAUCGAAAAUUGUAGUGACCAAACCAAUACAAGCCAAUAUCUCGUGAGAGCACUGUUCUUCUCUUGAACCUCGACUGGUCGGUUGCUUCAGAGACACGUUAGGGGACCAAAUCUUUGCAAUCGGGAGUCUCGUCAUUUCAGUUUAGUCCUUUUGUUUUUCAACUGGCAGCCACAGGAAAUAUACAAGCACAAAUGAGGAUUCAUACAUGUUGUGAAACAAACUAUAGGCUCGACUGCAUCAUAUGUUAGAUAAUUACUUUAAACCAUGAGUGUGUUAAUAUUCCAGAUACAUUUUGGUGAUGUAGAGAUUUGUUUGGUUGUGGCGAUGAGGGUUUUCUCGGAUAGACGUAUGUACAGCAAUAAUGUCAGUGAGAGUGAGAGCUACGAGUUGUUGGUUAUUGUUCGUUGGUCUUUACACCGGUAAGUCCUCUUAACGCAGCUCAAGGCAACGCACGAGAAACAUUUGAGACUCUUAGUCAGCAGAACACUUAUCAAAUGGAGAGUUAUGUGGAAGCCAGCUUCUCAGUGGUUGCUUUAAAAAGAUGGUUGAAGUAUUCAGAUAGUCGCUCCGUGUGAUCAAAUGCCUCCAUGUCUCUGCCGUGUUGAACCCAGGACUGCAAUAAAAUCAGGGCUGAGGGUCCCUCGCUCUUAUUCAGUUGAUUUCCCCCCUUUCUUUCCUUUGAUUACCCGAACUCGACGCCAUUUUUGUUUAGGGUUUGACGUAUAGUUUUGCAUGCAACUAUUUUCAAAGGGAAUAUACACAUUUUACCGGACAUUACAGUGAAUCGACAUCAUUGUAAACAUCAGCGAAAGGUACAUAUGAGGUUGUGCGGCGUGUCAACGUCAGGUUGUUGUCAUUUUAGCGUGGGCGGAGGUCAUCCAGUGUGGCGGUAGUCGAUUUGAAUGUGUGCCUUUUUUGUGGGUUUCUCUGAGUCCUCUCUACAUUCAAACAUACAAGAAUCUGCUGCGCCGCAUGAAAACAAGAAACUAUCCCCAUUUCGAACUAUCAUGCAACCUUUCGUGUAGACGCUGCAUAAAACGAUCAGUAUUUGUGUUUUGCACUUUCAAAGCAGUCUCAAAAAAAGUGUCCAUGUGAGGAUGGGCAGAAAGUGAAAAGAAAAAAAAAAACAGACGAGGUAUUUUAUGCUAUCAAUAGGAAAUAUAAGGAAUAAUAUGACUUUGAAGAGCUUUUCUAAAAAGGUUGAUAUAUCUAUAUAUAUUCAUGAAGUACCUCAUAAGCCUGAUAUAUGCUGCAUUGACUUUUUUUCUUUAGUGUACUUCAUAUUUUCCAAAUAAAAAUUUCAUUUUCCCCCUUCUGGGAGGGUUGAAUGUCACUACAGGCUGUGCAAAUGCCACAACCAUUUCGUCUCACUAGUCUGUCCUAACAGGGGAGUGUGUUAUUCCCUGUGGCCAAAUGAUAAUUAGUCAUUUAUGCAAUUUAUACUCUAUGGUCUCAUCAGAAUAUUUUUCUCAGCUGUAGCCAGGUCUUCUUGUGCUGUCUUUCUCUUUUAUUAUUUUGACAUCUUCCCUGUGUCUGUGUAGCCAAAAAACAUUGGGUUUAUUUGAUAAAGAGUUAAACAACUGUUGACUCGGGUAUCGCCGUGAAAGGGCUGUAUCUGUUUACUGUGUGUCCGCCCCCCCCCCCCCCCCUGCACCUUUGUCUUAAAAUAGCCUUAGAUCGUUAGUGAGGUUCCUAUUUGGCCUUAAAAGUUGAACAAAUUCCAGUAUGCACUACAAUUCCACAGACUUGACAUCGAGCUCGACUCCUGUUCAGACACAUUUCUGAAUGUGUGUAUUUUUUUGUUUGUUUUGUUUUUCUUCUGCCCUGUUAUCUACCUCCUCUGAAUGUAGUGGCUGGAGUCGACUGCAAAACUUUUUUGAUUUUCUCGUUCACUCAAAGAAAAACAAGACAAUCAUCUGUAGAUCCUUGAAGUUAUAAAAUCCCCCCCGCGUUCAUUCUGUCUUAGAGCUUAAUCCAGGACACUCCAUUUCUCCUGAUGCUUCCCCCCUCCCCCGCUUUCAUUGGCCAUUGCCAUUUCUACAUUGUGCGUUUGUUUUUUUUUGUUAUUGUAAGCCAUGAUGGAGAAGCAAAGUGACCAAAGUCUCUUGGCAAAGGCAGCCCUGCACAGCCGUGUGAAUUCAAACCU